AUGGCCCAAUCUCCCAGCGAAGCCGCGUCGGGAGCAACAUCAAACCGAGAAAUCUUGCGCCGCAUGAGCUUGACUGGACAAGACCCCAUGAUCGAGGCUGAUCCGCGCGCAGCAAACCCCUCCUUGGGUCUGAGCGGGGGGAUUAUCUCAGCCACCUUCUGCAUCCCACACUCGUUGCACUACAGAAAGGGCUCAGAUUGGGGAUUAAGCCCACGCCGUGGUACCUCGGCCCUCUUUGACUCCUUUGCCUACCUCUCCUCCGAUAAGACGCCCUGGAACCAUACGCUGGUGGGCUGGACCGGGGAAAUCGAACACGCCGAACCACUCACCCCUCCUGCUACACCUCCAGCAACCACGACGGGGAUACCUGCUCUCAACAAGAAUUCUGCCCCGAUCCCGAUCGACGAGUUUACCAAGCCGCCCGCGACACCACAAUCUGAGGCGUUAUGGAUUACCAAGGAGGAUCAGAGUCGAUUAGAGUGGCAAUUAUCACACGACAAGAACGUACGGACCAUUCCUGUCUGGCUCAGCGAUGAAAUUGAAACUGGCAAGGAUGGUGAGAUAUGCUUGAAGGACCAGGCGCGGUGGAGAAGAUUCGCGGAGCUUGAACUCGAUACGCUGUUCCAUUACAAGCAGCACGAACCCACCGAUGGCCGAGCAGAGCGCCAAUCAUGGGCAGACUACUAUCGGAUGAACCAGAAAUUUGCGAACCGGAUCCUUGAGAUUUAUAAGCCGGGCGAUAUUGUUAUGGUUCACGACUAUCACCUCCUGCUCCUCCCCAGUAUGCUUCGACAACGGAUACCGCAUAUGUACAUUGUUUUCUUCCUACACAUUCCAUUUCCCAGUAGCGAGUUCCUUCGAUGCUUACCGAGGAGAAAGGACAUUCUACAGGGCGUUUUGGGUGCCAACUUGAUAGGUUUUCAGUCGUACAGCUACUCGCGCCAUUUUAGCUCCUGCUGCAGUCGGAUUCUGGGAUUUCCUUCUGACAGUGUUGGGGUUGAUGCAUAUGGAUCGAAGGUUACGGUGGGGGUCUUUCCUAUCGGCAUCGAUGCUGCAGCAACGGAAAGGCUGGCCUUCGACGGAGGCGUCAUCGACCAGCAGGUGGUGGCCUUGAGACAGAUGUACAGAGGCAAGAAGAUCAUCGUUGGACGAGAUCGUCUGGAUAGUGUGCGAGGCGUGGCACAGAAACUCUUGGCUUUCGAAAGAUUCCUUGAGAUGUACCCCGAAUGGCGGGGGAAGGUGGUGCUAAUCCAGGUGACCAGUCCAACAAGCCGUGAAGAGGGGAAGGAGGAUUCAGGGAAGGUCGCUAAUAAGGUCUCUGAACUGGUGGCCAAGAUCAACGGCCUCUACGGCUCUCUUGGCUUCUCUCCUGUUCAGCAUUACCCUCAGUAUCUUUCGCAGGAAGAGUAUUUUGCCCUACUGCGGACUGCGGACAUCGGGCUUAUUACCAGUGUUCGUGACGGCAUGAAUACGACCAGUCUGGAAUAUGUGGUUUGUCAACGGGAUGGUCGUGGACCCCUCAUCCUCUCUGAGUUCUCAGGAACGGCUGGAAGCUUGAGAGAUGCAAUUCACAUCAACCCAUGGGACCUGUCAGACGUUGCUAAGCAGAUCAAUUACGCCCUGACAAUGAACCCGGAGAAGAAGAAGGCGAUGCAUGAAAGCCUUUACAAUCACGUUACAACCAAGAACGUUCAAACGUGGUCAAAUAGCUUGAUAAAGAGGCUUCUAUUAGUCCUAAAUCAACACAACCCAACCAUCUCAACCCCUCCUCUCGACAAGACUGCUCUCCUCCGACAGUACAGAUCAGCACAGAGGCGAUUGUUCAUGUUCGAUUACGAUGGAACCCUCACACCCAUCGUCAAGGAUCCUGCAGCCGCCAUACCUUCUAACCAAGUUAUCCGAACUCUUAAAGCUUUAGCAUCUGAUCAUCGAAAUGCAGUAUGGAUCAUCAGUGGACGAGAUCAAGAUUUUUUGCAGCAGUAUCUAGGGCACAUCCCCGAGCUAGGCUUCAGCGCCGAACACGGAAGCUUCGUGCGUUAUCCCGGGAGCAGCGAAUGGCAGAACCUAGCCGAGAAAUUGGAUAUGGGUUGGCAGAAGGACGUCAUGGCCUGCUUUCAGAAGUACACUGAGAAGACUCCUGGUUCAUUCAUCGAACGCAAACGCUGCGCACUAACUUGGCACUACCGACCAUCUGACCCCGCACUCGGCGCCCACAUGGCCCGCGAAUGCCAGAAGGAAAUCGAGCAGACUAUCGGCAAGAGUUGGGACGUGGAGGUCAUGCAAGGAAAGGCGAAUCUCGAAGUCCGUCCAACCUUUAUCAACAAGGGCGAGAUCGCCAAACGUCUCGUUGCUUCGUAUCCACCCGGUCAAGCCCCGGAAUUCACGCUCUGUCUUGGGGAUGACUUUACUGAUGAGGAUAUGUUCCGCGCCUUGAACGCCAGCGGGUUGCCCCAGGAUCACGUCUUUACGGUCACGGUAGGCGCCUCAAGCAAGAUGACGCUAGCACACUACCACCUCCUCGAGCCCGUGGACGUCAUCAACAGCAUCGCCUUACUAAACGGCGGCGACACGAGCACGGCGGAUCUCGGCCCCUUGGCGAUCCUGGAAGGCAAGAUCCCCGAGCAGAUGACCGGAGUAAGUACCUUAUCUUCGUACGGAUAG